CUGACAGUGCUCACACUGAGCUGGAGGAUUUUUCUUUAAGAUAAAUGAAUGGGUCAAUACUUCUCUUUAAAUACUACAACUUUGGAGACGCACACAAAGAAAAAAUGAAAAGCAAAUGUUCCGUACAGGCUGGUUUCGAAAAGACGCGUGACGAAACAAGACAUUGUGCAACAGGUCAAAGUGUAAAAGGUCCUCUGGUUUACAACACAUAUGUCUAACAGUGACCAUAGAUGUGUUGAACGUGAGGUCUUGUCAACACAUUGUGAAACCAACCGUGAUAUGAAAGAACAAACAUCAACACAUUCUUGUGAAAAACCUUUUCAAUGUGGGAUGUGUUUAAAGUGUUUCUCUUACAAGUCUUACAUUAAGCGCCAUAUGUUGUCCCACACUGGCGAAAAACCAUAUCAGUGUGAGGUGUGCAGAAAGUGUUUUCGUCUGAGCAUUUCCUUGAAAAAGCAUGCUUUGAUACACACUGGUGUUAAGAACUUUACAUGUGAAGUAUGUGCAAAAUGUUUCAUGCACAUUUCCAACUUCAAAAGACAUAUGAUCAUCCACAGUGGAAUUAGACCUUCCAAAUGUGAUAUCUGUGCAAAAUCUUUCUACACGAGUUACGAUUUGAAGAAACACAUGUUGACCCACACUGGAGUGAAGAACUUCAAAUGCCAGGUGUGUGGGAAAUAUUUCUCUCAGAGUUGCUCCUUGAAAAGACAUACGAUGAUUCACACUGGUAUUAAGAGGCCUUUUAAAACGUUCAAAUGCGACACGUGUGUAAAAUCCUUUUCUCGACGUUCCACCUUGAAACAGCAUAUGAUGCGUCACACUGGAGUGAAGAAUUUCAAAUGUGAAGUGUGUUCAGAAUGUUUUUCUCACAGUUCCACAUUGAAGAACCAUAUGUUGGUUCACACCGGCGUUAAAUCUUUCAAAUGCGACACGUGUGCAAAAUCUUUUUCUCGGUAUUCCACCCUGAAACUGCAUAUGCUGGUUCACACUGGAGUGAAGAAUUUCAUAUGUGAAGUGUGUGCAAAACGUUUCUUGCUUCAUUCCCAUUUGAAAAGACAUAUGGUAAUUCACACCGAUGUCAGACCUUUCCAAUGUGACGUGUGCGCGAGAUGUUUCUCUGACGUCUGCAACUUCAGACGACAUAUGUUGACGCACACAGGUGUUAAGCCUUUCGCGUGUGAGGUGUGUGAAAAGCGAUUCUCUCAGAGGUCCAGCCUCAAAAACCACAUGUUCGUGCACUCUGACGUUAAGCAUUUCAAAUGUGAGUUGUGUGCAAAACCUUUCUUUCAAAAGAGACUUUUGAAAAGACACAUGGGCACUCAUACUGGUGCUAAGUGACAAGAUUUCUAGCCCCAUUCCCAUGGCUAAUGAUAUUCAAUAUUGGGCUAGUAAAUAACUACAAUUACCAUGCCCGACUGCUAGU